GAGUGCCGUAGGAAAAUGGGAAAGACAAAAUUAGAGGAGGAAAAGGGAGAAGUGAAGAAAGGACCCUGGACCAGAGACGAGGACCAGAAACUCCUCUCUUACAUUGACCAGCACGGCCACGGCAGCUGGCGCGCCCUCCCUGCCAAAGCCGGUCUUCAGAGGUGUGGGAAGAGCUGCAGGCUGAGGUGGACCAAUUACCUGAGGCCAGAUAUUAAAAGAGGCAAGUUCACCUCCAACGAGGAGAAGGCCAUUAUACGACUCCACGCCCUUCUGGGAAACAGGUGGUCGGCCAUAGCCACACACUUGCCGAAGAGGACGGACAACGAGAUCAAGAACUACUGGAAUACCCGACUCAAGAAGCGCCUGACCCGGAUGGGUAUCGACCCGAUUACCCACAAGCCCAGAUCCGGAUCCGGAUCCCACUCCGCCUCCUCCUCCGCCCUCGUCACCCACAUGGCCCAGUGGGAAACCGCCCGCCUCGAGGCGGAAGCACGCCUCGCCCGUGACUCCAAACGUCCACUUCCGUACAACAAACUUCACCCUAUUCAGAACCUCGCCGUCCCGCCGUCGCCGGCGCCGGCGCCGGCGGCCCCGUUCCUCGACGUGCUCAAGGUCUGGCAGUCCAGCGGCGCUCGCAGCACCUUCUUCUGCCAAUCACCGUCCGGCGGCGGCGGCGGAUGCCUCGAUUCCCCGACCUCGACGCUGAAUUUCUCCGGCGGCUGCUCGGCGGCGCCGGGGAGCUCGCGCAUGGCGGCGUCGAAGUGUGAGGGGGUUGAGGAAUGGGCGGAGCAGCCAAGAGUGGAGAGUAAUUCCGUUCAUUAUCAGUUUCAGUUGAUUCAUCACGACGACCGCCGCUUCGCCGUCGUGGAUUCGUCGGAUCAUGGCGGCGGCGGCGGCGGCGGCAUGAACGGCGGCGAUGAGUACAGCAACGGCACGGCGGUGGAUUUUGAGGAGAACAAGAAUUAUUGGAACGAACUGCUGAAUUUGGUGAGUUCGCCGGCGGAAGCGCCGGGGUUUUAGAAGUGCUAUUAUACGACGUCGGAUUGGAGUUAAUCGCUGUGGUUAACUUAUUAUCAUAAUGUGAUUAUAAUGAUUUAUCUUAUUAUUAUUAUUAUUAUUAUCAAUCAAAGUAGUAAUAAUAGUAGUGGACGUUUAUUUAUUAUCAUCCUUCGCAAUUACUGUUUUUA